AUGAUCACGCUUCUCAGAUUGCUGCUAGUUUUGUUGGUGAUAGAAAGCACCAUCGCCAGUUGUACGGAUUCUAAUAUAACCUCGGUUCAUUCUCGGUUGAAGCGAUGGCUCUCGUAUUACCCAAACGGCGGAACAGCCAAAAUACAAGUAGGAUUUAUAGUUCCGGUCAGGUUCGCUCAUAAGCUGUUCCGACAGUUGAAUAUGGUUCACAAUUUUCAAGGAAAUUACAACAUCCCGUCGAAUAUCAUCUGGCCGGUUCCGAGCAGUAUUUUCAAGGUGCGUGUCAACAACGAUUACGUGGAUCGAAGCCGGGAACAGUUGUAUCGAUUGCUGGAAAAGACGAUCGACUAUCUUGGCAGCAAUGGACGCGAAUGUCUGCUGAGAGCUAUCUGCGAGGUCUCCGAGGCGCCUCUCGGACACAAUGGGAUGAUUGGGGAGAUUAUCGAUGUUAUAUUCACGCCUUACGACUCAGAGCAAAUCGAUCAAGUGUACCGACAGGCAAAAUUGAGCGGUUUGAAAGGCGAUAAUUGCGAGCAGCUAUACAAAGAUUGCCCAAUCGGGCAUGGAUUAUUAGAACAAGUGUCGUUUACAUAGUUGAUAAUGCUUGAAGAAGAUUUUCAU